AAUAAUAAUUACAGGCUCCGGAUGAUAUGUUGCGUCGCGGCUUUCUCAUCAUCACUGGUACUUUUAAAAACACCCGCUGACGUGCAGCUUGUAUCAGGAGGGGCAUUUAACUUUGAUCAUUAGUCACUUGUAUCAAACAUACCGGGACUAUAACAGGUCCGCAGCUGGAGCGCCUUUCACUCGGCUGCGAUAUCGGUUCGCACAGUAUCGACUAUGCUGGAGAUUUUCUAAAGUUAAAUCAAGACGAGUGAGGAUUCAAAUAGCGCUGUUUAGAUCUGACAUUUUCUCUGAUAAUAUGGGCGGAGUGUGCGUGUGCUUUUCAUGGACUUGCAGACUGGUGUGGCCACUUUUUAUUAUGCUGGCUACAGUGCCGUGUAUGAUGUACUGCUCAGAUGUUUCUGCAGCAGCUGUGGGAAAAAUGUAUCCACGCGGCAACCACUGGGCAGUAGGUCAUUUAAUGGGAAAGAAGAGCAUCGAGAGCCAGCCUGAACUGCAGGAGACAAACCACGACAGUGACUACCUCACGUCUUCAGAAACAGCUGGGGUCACUGAGCGUUUGAUUGAGGCUCUAAUGCAACAAAAGAGCCAGAAACAGACGGUGCCACAAACUGCAGACAGGCUGCUUCGGCUGUACGGCAGAUGGAGAGAGGAGGACAGAGACAAAUAUCUCAGAGAGAUGUCAGACCUGCUUCUUCUGGCUUUGAAACUGCAAGACAAUGACUCCACCUGAAUGAAUGCAAGAUGAAUUAAAAUACAAAGUCAUCAGUACCUACUAAACAUUAGCUCUGUAACUACAUAUUCAGACUGUAUAUAUUUUUUUCUGGUAAGAGUAUGCUGGAAACACAUGAGAAGUGUAUUUUAUCAAUGAUUUCUAAUACGCACAUCAAGCAGUAAUCUGAUUACAUGCUGACAUGAUGAGUUUAUCUUACAUGAGCUGAGAAUGCUGAAUAAAAGUAACAUUAUGAUAACUGCACUGUGGAUUUCUAAUCAUGCUUUGCACACCUCAAAUGGCCUUUUUGUCUUUACCAAACAUUCACUGUCUGUGUUUGACAAUGUAUAAUGCUCAUGAAGCUCACUCCCUCUGUACAGUAACAGGUUUGUACCACUAGAUGGCGCACAACAUCCAUGUUGAGAGCACCUGUAGUUACAUUUGUAGUAACUUACCAAUAAGGUGAAGCAUUAAGAGUUAACAUGAUCAUAAUUACAGAUGACAAAAGCAGUUUAUGGUCCAUUCAGUCAGCUGUGAUACUGUCUUUUUUGUCCUCAUUAGAACAAGCACAAACACACCCCAGUGUGUCUUUAGGACAGUUAGGAUAGAUGAUGACGGGGACUAUUAUUAGCCCUCAGGGGCUGCAGACAAUAGGAAAUGCUAAUUGAAACAAUUUAGUUACACACAUCCUUUUUUUAAGCCAAAGGAAAGUUUUUUCUUCUGUCCUCUUCGCUCAUUUGUCGCGGAUGAUUGGCGAACAAUAGAGGUAUGAGCCACUUUCACCCCGUCAUUAUGAGUCUAAUCCCAGGAGCGAAUGGGAUAAAGUUUACAGGAGUUAAUGAGGAGGAAAUAAGUGGGAGGAAGUCUGGGAGAUUAAGCUGCUUCUUUAUCACACCCUCCAUUCUUGUGUUUACAUGAAAUGAUUAAAUGGUAAAGUGGUGUGAAACUUGAUACCAUAAAGAGGUUAAAUGGAUUUAUUUGAUCCAAAGUUGCAUUUACAGUAUGAUGUGGGGCCCUUAGGGUAUUUUAGACAGCAUUUGCAAAUUAACUCCAGUAUGAAAUGAUAUAAUGAAAUAGCUCCCCUUCAAUACUUUGCAUUUAGUGUCAUGUUUUAUUGCUUAUUGUUCCCAACCUUAUAAACACAGUGGAGUCCACCACCAAGGGGAGCUGUAUCCAAUUUUUCCCAACUAGAGUGUACUGAGCUUCCCUGUACUUCCACUCUGCAGCAUGAUUAAUGACGCUUUCAAUAUUCUGACAUAAAUGUGAUAUUGGCAGAUCAACUGCGGGUCAUGGAUGCUAUUCUGUUACAUAUUACCUUUGCGUCGCUGUCACUCCUGAUGAACACUCUCAUUGUUUCCACUCAGUCAGACAUUUCUGACAAAUCUC